UGGUCCAAAUCAAGACGCCAAAACAUGAGAUUAAAAACGUGAGAUACUUUUCCAUGAAACCAACAAUCUCCUUAGUUUUAUAUUGACAUUUGACAACACUGUCAUCAUUCAAUUAUACAAAUUACAAACCACAAUUUUCAGAAAUUUCCCAAACUCAAACUUUAACCGCACUUUCAUCAAAACCAACCAACCUCCCACACUUCCCCAUCUACCCUUCUUCUUAAUUUCAUUGGGAAAAUGCCUGAGAACAUUACACCUGAGAAUCUACUCAACAAUAUAAUGGAUACAUUUUCUGAUAGUGUUCAAAAACACAACCCUGGCUCCUUUCUUGAGGAGGAAGUAUCCAAUCCUGUCGCUUCUAAGUUUAAUCGUCUUUUCGGACGUCAGGAGCCUGUGCAUAAAGUUUUGGGAGGCGGAAAAUCUGCUGAUGUCUUGCUAUGGAGGAACAAAAAAAUCUCUGGCAGUGUUUUAGCUGGUGCUACUGCUACCUGGGUGAUGUUUGAAUGGCUGAAUUACAAUUUCCUGUCCCUUGCUUGCUUUGCUGUGGCUUUGGGCAUGCUUGCUCAGUUUCUUUGGUCAAAUGCCUCUGGUUUCUUGAACAGAUCACCAUCUGAAGUCCCACGAAUUCAAGUGCCAGAUGAGUGGUUUGCUGAUAUUGGCAGGGUAGUUGGUAAAGAAGUCAACCGUGCUUUAAUGUAUCUUCAAAAUAUUGCUUGCAGUGGGAAUCUAAAGCAAUUUGCUCUGGUUGUAUCAGGAUUGGUGGUUGCUGCUAUGAUAGGGAGCUGGUGCAAUUUCCUAACUGUUAUCUACAUUGGUUUUGUUGCUGCACACACACUACCAGUUCUGUAUGAAAAAUAUGAUGAUCAGAUUGAUGGCUUUGCGGAAAAUCUCAUCAACCAAAUGACUCACCAUUACAAGAAGGUUGAUGCUCGUGUUCUCAGUAAGCUUCCUUCCAGAAGCCACUGGGGAAAGAAACAUGAGUAAGAAAGAGGGAUACAUGUGACAUCGUAAGCUGUUUGUCAAUUGUUCCUUUGUCAGAUCUUCUAGUGUAAUAUGUUGUUAGCAGGAUCUUCUGCUUUCAUUUAUGUACAUGGAAAUUCAUGCUAGAUAAACAUUAGUCUCUUCCUGAAAGGUUUGGUGGUGUGGCCUACUCUUUCAGGAAUAAGGAGUAAGGUACUACAUUCUGUUGUAUGCAAAUCUGUAAUGUUAUCGCUGAUGUAAAUUUAUUUGAUGCAAAUAGAUUUCUAAAUGCAACUACAAUUGAUGCAACUACAUUCGGGAUUCAUUUUAUGAUAUUUUGUGCACCCGAUGAAGAAGUU